UGAAUGGAUAGCUUCAGAGUACCAGAUGCGGGAUUGGAACACCACUUCGUACUGCAUAAUUGCCCUAGAAAGUUUUCCUUUAAGAGUUGCUGCCUAGAAUCUUCCACAGCCCCUCUCUUGUCAGGCUUCCCUUCCUGCUAUUUUUAAGUUUCCUUAAUGCUGGAGAUGAUUGUUGUUUGAGAACAGGUGCAGCAUUAAAGUAUGGAAGAAGUAAAGAGCAUGCAACCAGCUGGUGCCACUUUUGUGAUCAAUUCUUGGGAAUGGAUAGGGAAACAGACGCCAGAGGCAACAUCACUCCUCUUCAUGCCACAUCAAUAAUCACCUUCUGAAAGCAAAGUUGCCAUUUUCCAUAAACUGGAGAUCAUUUUGCUGCCCAGUCUCACAGCACAGGCUAUGUCCAAAAAGCAUGAAAAAAACAUUCCUUUGUGAAAUGGCUGGACAAAGCUCAAAUUGGCUAACAGGAUCCACUGCUGAAGCUUAAGAUUUCCUGGCCACCUAAAUGCAAGCUAUAGCACUGGAACUGGUUUGCAAUUUUGGCAGCAUCUGGAUUUGUUUAAAAUAUUGCUGUAUUACACACAGUGGUGUACUCGGUGUAUUGUUUUAAUGUAUUUAUGUAACUCAAUGGUUCCUGUAUAAAUAAUAUAUGCUAAUGUAAAUCUCACUGAUUCACACACAUAGUAUACUGAUGUUCAAAUUCAGGCACGGGUUUGCACAUAAAUUGUGGUGUUUAUGUGAGGGAAAAAGCCAGGAUACAAAGCAAUUUCUUUUGACUCACACACACUGAUUAUUAAUUGAAUGAUCUGUCUCACUUAUACCCAGGAAGGUAUGGUGUGGUCCUAGUGCUGGAAAUACCAAGGCAGAACUAAAGGCCUAUGAGUCUGUGACUGGAUGGAGGAACAAUUUCAAAGAAGCAUGAGUUACAGUUUUAUGGAGACACAAGAAACAAUGUCAGAGAGAUAAGAAGAUCAGAGGGCCCGGAAUCAGUUGAAGACCAAGAAAUGUAGUAAAAACCUCCCUGACAGGAAUGUGUCAGGAACACAGCUGAUCCAAGAAUUUUAAAUGGCAAGGGAGAACAAUAGAGACAGAAAGUAAUGACAGGAUGUUCAGAAGUCCCAUUAAGAAAUCUCCAUCCUGGAUUCUUGGAGUUGAGAUCUCCCUUGAAGUAGGAGCUGGAUCAGGUGUGGUUUCAACAUUUCUGGCUUCCAUUGUUGGACCCAGUGCAUUGUACAUAUGUACAGAUAUCAACCCUAUAGCAGCUUCUUGUACCUUGGAGACAGCUGUACUUAACAGAGUUCACAUUCACCCAGUAAUUACUGACUUGGUCACAGGAUUGUUACCAAGAUUAAAUGGGAAAGUUGAUCUACUACUAUUUAAUCCACCGUAUGUGGUAACCCCUUCUGAAGAGGUAGAAAGCCAUGGAAUAGAGGCAGCCUGGGCUGGAGGCAAAAAUGGCAGAGAAGUAAUGGAUAGGCUUUUUCCUUUAGUGCCAGACCUGCUUUCAACAGGAGGAUUAUUCUAUUUAGUUACAAUUAAAGAGAACAACCCAGAUGAAAUUUUGGAAACAAUGAAGAAAUACGGUUUAAGAGGUACUAGAGUACUUUCUAGACAAGCAGGAAGAGAAACUCUCACAAUUCUCAAAUUCAGCAAGUCCUGAUGACUGCUCUUAAAUCUUUAAACAUCUUCAGCAAUGGAAGUUAAACACAAAUGGUGUUACAAUGGUCAGGCUAUUUUGUGACUAUGAACUAUAACAACAGAUUUUGAAAAAAUAUUAUCCUGUCUCCUGAUCUUUACAGGAAAAUUAGCAAAACUUUCAUUGUUCCCUUAACCUGGCCAUCAACCCACUGUGAUCUGUAAUGAGGGUGGGGGCAGUUGUUUCUGGACUUGGUUUUCUAUGUAGCAUAGUGGAACUGUAGCUGAAAUAUAAACUUUAAAAUGGACAGUCACACUUUAAAAUGAGGAAAUUCACUGGUAUGUAUUUUGUUUUAUAACUGGAAUAUUUUUAUGUGAUCAUAUAUUUAAUAAUUAUUAACCUUUGUCAUUCAUUAUGGGUUCUCAAAAUAGUGUUCUUGCUUUAGUACUUUGUCUUGUCUUAUGGUACUUAUUCUGUAGAGAUAUCUGGUUUAAACUAGUACUUAAGAAGCCACUGAUCUUGAGGUUAGUGGCCUCAGUCUUAUAUUUUGCCUUUGUUGCAGAAUCACCAAAAGCCUAGUGCAUAGAAACUAAUUUUGCUUCCAUAGUCAGAACACUCUUGAUCUUAUCUUGCUACUGUAUUAUUGCUAUGAAUAUUCCAACAGAUGUACCCAAUAUGGAGUUCUGCUAUAUGUCAUCCAGGGUCUUUAAGCUAAAUGCUAUGGGUUAAUAAACCAUGUAAAAAGUUCAGUUCAGUUUAA